AUGCAUGCAUACUCUUUUAUAGAUGUUGUUUCUAACUUAGAGUGGUCUUAUGAUAGCAAUCUCAUCCUUAUUGGCAUUCAAAAGAGAUCAUUAGUUUUUGUCAAGAGUCUUCAUGACUAAGAUUGGCAAUGUAAAAUAGAUGAAGGCAUGGCUGGUUUAUCUUAUGUGCAAUGGGGUCCUUCUCUUAAUCACAUAAUAACUGUAAGUGAGUUUAAAGUGAGACUAACAGUUUGGAGUCUCGAGGAUAAAACAAUGCAGUACAUAAAAAGCCCUAAAUUUGAUGAUAUUAGAGGAAUUACCUUUUCUCCUAAUAAAAAAUUAAUGGCUUUGGCCGAAAAAUCUGCUAAUGAAGGUGGGAGAGAUCAGAUAGGAAUUUAUGAUGUGACUAAAAAUCAUUGGGAAUGUUUACAUCACUUCAGUCCUGACACUUUUGAUCUAGAGACUGUAGAGUUUGCUGGAGAUGGACAACAUUUGAUCAUUACAGAUUCAAAUUUGAAAUGUAAACUGAUAAUUUACCAAAUCUAAUUUAACUAAGGCAGUGUUAGUGGAGUCUAAUAAACAGUCAAAUUUUAGCCUUACGAAAACACUGCAUUAGGUAUCAGAAACAUGCAAGUGUCAUUUAAUAAACAGUAUAUUGCCACUGGUUUUUUCGAUCAAAAGUUGAGAGUUUACAACUCAUUAUCCUGGAAAGAAAUUUUCUCGUUUGAUCAUAGAUUGACAGAUUUGACUGAAGAUAACACACCAGCAGAUCUUAACAUCUAUGCAGAAACUGAGAGUCGAGAGGGUGCUAUUUAUGAGGUUCUUUCAAGGCCAUUUAAACUUCCAAUUCUUUAAAAUCAUCAAAUAAACAGCAAAAAUGAUGCUUUACCAAGAGUUGGUAUUUCACUGAUUGCAAUAAGUAGAGACAAUAAGUUCCUUGCUACUAAAAAUGAAAUUUGUCCAAAUGUUGUCUGGAUCUGGGAUUUAAACAGAGUUUGUCUUAACACAGUUAUGAUUCAGAAAUAAGAAGUAGAGCAUAUAGAGUUCUGCCCCAAAACUCCAACUUUAAAUGUCUCAACUGGCAAUGGGAGAUUAUAUCUCUGGACAAUAAGAGUAGCAUCAGUCUGCUAAGUUCCAGUAAAUAAAGAAAAUUUCAGCGUACAUCAUACAAGCUGGAACCCUAACGGUAAAUCCUUUGCAGCUCUUGAUAAAAAUGGACUCGUUUUUGUUUAUCCUCAAAUUUAAUUCUAUGAUGAAAACGAAAUGGCUUACUGA